GGCUAGGGGCGGGGCCACGGCGUAGGCGUGGGCCUGCAGCACGUGGGAGGGCGCUGGCUAGCGGCCUCAGUCUCGAGAUCUGGUCUGCUCCGCUCUGCCCGCUCUCGGCUUCCGGGCUCGCAGACUCCACCGCCCGCCUCCUGCACCUACCAAGCCGGAGGACCACGCGCCAGCUGCUGCCGGCCUCCCGGCCUGCCCAUGAUCACCCUGUGCCUUUCGGCUCUGCGAGGCCUCCACAGGUUGGCCCGCAGUGCCACUCCAGACCAACCUCUCCACCACUGUCUACAUCUGCACAGCACGUACACGUGACCUUGGGUUGAUCACCAGAGCAAAGAAACCAACUCUUUGAGGCUCCCAGUGUGGCUUUAGCAUUCUGAGGCUUGCAUUUGCUGUCUUCUUCCAACAAGGUUUUUUUAAGGAUGUGUAUAUUGGUGUAUCUGAGAUGGAGAGGUGUACACCUGCACACAGUAUCCACAGACUCCAGAGAGGAUGUUAUAGCAGUCAUGAGCUGCUCAACAUCGGUGCCCAACUUCAAGCUUCUACAAGAGCCAUAGAGCUGGUGGUUCCAGGAUUCGGCUCAGAAUGACGUUGGGGAGGGAGGCGGCAUCUCCUCUUCAGGCCAUGUCUUCCUACACCGCCGCAGGCAGGAAUGUUCUCAGAUGGGACCUUUCUCCAGAGCAGAUCAGGACGAGGACAGAGGAGCUCAUAGCACAGACCAAGCAGGUGUAUGAUACCGUGGGGACAAUCAACCUGGAGGAUGUAACUUACGAGAACUGUCUGCAGGUGCUGGCUGACAUAGAAGUGAAGUACAUAGUGGAAAGGACCAUGCUGGACUUCCCUCAGCACGUGUCGUCUGACAGAGAAGUGCGGGCUGCAAGCACAGAAGCGGACAAAAGGCUUUCUCGUUUUGAUAUUGAGAUGAGCAUGAGAGAAGAUGUAUUUCAGAGAAUUGUUCAUUUACAAGAAACGUGCGAUUUGGAGAAGAUAAAGCCUGAGGCCAGGCGAUACUUGGAAAAAUCAAUUAAAAUGGGGAAAAGGAAUGGACUCCAUCUUCCAGAACACGUAAAAAAUGAAAUCAAAUCAAUGAAGAAGAGAAUGAGUGAGCUAUGCAUUGACUUCAACAAAAACCUCAAUGAGGAUGACACGUCCCUUGUAUUUUCCAAGGCUGAACUUGGUGCUCUUCCCGACGACUUCAUUGACAGUUUAGAAAAAACAGAUGAAGACAAGUACAAAGUUACCUUAAAGUAUCCCCACUAUUUUCCUGUCAUGAAGAAAUGCUGUGUCCCUGAAACUCGAAGGAAGAUGGAAAUGGCUUUUCAUACCAGGUGCAAAGAGGUAAGAACACUUACUGCUCUGGCUGACGACCCGGAUUUGGUUCCCAGCACCACAUGGUGUCCUGCAGCCAUCAGUAAAUCCAGUACCAGGGGAUCUGAUGACCCAUUUGGACCCCUCAAGCUCCAGGAAAACACCAUAAUUCUGCAACAGCUCCUGCCGCUGCGAGCACAAGUGGCCAAACUGCUCGGCUACAACACCCAUGCUGACUUUGUCCUUGAACUGAACACUGCAAAGAGCACAAGCCAUGUGGCAACCUUUCUAGAUGAUUUAAGCCAGAAAUUAAAACCCUUGGGUGAGGCUGAACGGGAGUUUAUUUUGAGCUUGAAGAAGAAGGAAUGCGAAGAGCGAGGUUUUGCAUACGACGGGAAGAUCAACGCAUGGGACCUCCAUUACUACAUGACCCAGACAGAGGAGCUCAAGUACUCUGUGGACCAGGAGUCCCUCAAGGAGUACUUUCCCAUUGAGGUGGUCACUGAAGGCCUGCUAAGCAUCUACCAGGAGCUGUUGGGACUUUCAUUUGAACAAGUGGCUGAUGCCCAUGUUUGGAAUAAGAGUGUUUCACUUUACACCGUGAAGGAUAAAGCUACUGGAGAAGUGCUGGGGCAGUUCUACCUGGACCUCUAUCCAAGGGAAGGAAAAUACAACCAUGCGGCCUGCUUUGGUCUCCAGCCAGGCUGCCUUCUCCCUGAUGGCAGUCGGAUGAUGUCUGUGGCUGCCCUGGUGGUCAACUUCUCUCAGCCCAUAGCAGGCCGGCCCUCUCUCCUGAGACACGACGAAGUGCGAACUUACUUCCAUGAGUUUGGUCACGUCAUGCAUCAGAUCUGUGCACAGACUGACUUUGCACGAUUUAGUGGAACAAAUGUGGAAACUGACUUUGUAGAGGUGCCAUCACAAAUGCUUGAAAACUGGGUGUGGGACAUUGACUCCCUGCGAAAACUGUCAAAACAUUAUAGAGACGGACACCCUAUCACAGACGAGCUGCUGGAGAAGCUUGUGGCUUCGAGACUGGUCAACACAGGUCUUCUGACGCUUCGCCAAAUUGUUUUGAGCAAAGUUGACCAGUCCCUCCAUACCAAUGCGUCGCUGGAUGCCGCGAGCGAAUACGCUAAAUACUGCACAGAAAUUUUGGGAGUUGCAGCUACGCCAGGCACAAAUAUGCCAGCUACCUUUGGACAUUUGGCAGGAGGGUAUGACGGCCAGUAUUAUGGAUAUCUUUGGAGUGAAGUCUUUUCCAUGGACAUGUUUCACAGCUGUUUCAGAAAAGAAGGGAUUAUGAAUCCAGAGGUUGGAAUGAAAUACAGAAACCUAAUCCUGAAGCCUGGGGGGUCCCUGGACGGCAUGGACAUGCUCCAGAAUUUCUUGCAACGUGAGCCAAACCAGAAAGCAUUCCUGAUGAGUCGAGGCCUGAAUGCUUCGUAAAGCAGGGACGCUGGGGGCUGUCCGUGGCUGGAGGACAAGCCAACACCGUCCGCCAUGUGGUGCCGGCCUGGAGACUGAAGGCAGUUUUACAAAGGAAAACUUAGAUUUCUAUUCAUUUGCUUUUGUUUCUUCAUUUUAAAAAUUAUACAGAUGUAAAUGGAAUUAUAAAUACUGUGACCUAAGAAAAGACCCACUAAAAAUAAUUGUACUAUAAAGUUUCAUAAAAACAGAUUUGAUUUCUUUUGAUAAAAGUUUCAUAUGACUGUAAUUUGAUUUUUUUACUGUUAUAAUCCAGAUAAUAUAAUGUAAGAGGGCUAAGACAUUUUAAAUUGAAUCACAUACAUGAUAUAAUUUGAUCUUUCUUAUAUCUUGAAGUUUUAUACUUGAGAUUCCUGGACUGAUAAGUGAAUCAGCAUGUUCUCUCUGGUAAAUAUUUUCUCAGAGCCCUGUGUCAACCUUGACCCUCUGCCUCACAACUAAGUGACAGUUUGCCUGUGUGUGUCAAGGCCCGCAGGAUACACUUCAAUGCUGUUUGUCUUUUGUAGUGAGCUUUGUGAUUCUCGGCUUCUGUCACACUUACUUACAUAGCUCCACUUAGAUUUGGGGUUCUUUCCCUUCUAAAAUUUAAUUUCUAAAGUUAAUAUUAUUAUUUAGAUAAUAUUUUUAAAUUUUGUUUCAACUGGCCUAGUAUAUAAGUUUUGUGUCUUGCACUAGAAGCUCAAAUGUCAAGUCUUCGGUUGCAGUCACAGUGAGAGAAGCAGAGAACUUAGGCAUCUUUUGGGUUCUCGACUUUUAGUAUUUGCUAUGUAUUUGUUUCUGCUUGUUUUGCUUAUAUAUAUAUAUUUUUUUUAUUUUGUUUGCUUGAGGCACCAUCUCACCAUGGAGCCAGAUUCGCCUGGAACUCAUGGUAAUUCCCCUGCUUCGGCCUCCCAAGCCUUAGGGGCGCAGGUGUGAGCUGCCUCACUCAGCUCAGUUCUCACGUUUCUAAUAAGACUCUGACCUUGCCUCCCUGAAAGUGGUAGGUCGGCCCUGUAGUCACAGUGUGUUGAAGUGCCAGGGGGAGAGAUGACAUCCACUGGAACUUAGCUUUGAAAACUCCAGAAAAGAGUGCGUUGGAGCAGAGCGUUUGCGAACAGCUGCUCCCAAGUGUUCCGUGGGCAACCGAGCUGUGGGAAAAGGCUGUCCAGCAGGCUGUUUCAUAUGGCGACUGUUAAGUGAACCUCCAGAUCUCCAACUCCUUUUAUUGGGACCUAAGUUUCCAGCUCAGAGUAGUGAGCUCACAGCAUUAUUUUAGCCUUGGGAGUCUACUCCAAACGGAAGCCAAGUAGGAUAGAGAGGAGAAAAUGUAAAUGAGCUGUGAUCGGACUUUCCACAGGGCUUUGAGUUGUUUCUCCACACAUACCUGAGGAAUGACUUUCCUGGCAGGAAACGAAAUUAGAGCCUGUCUGUUCUUUAGACCCGGUGGACUUUGUGUUCAAUAAAAUAUUAUGUCGUGUAAUAAAGUUAUACAGAGUACCAAGAGCUGGUACACAGCAGGGAAGCCCUUUGUUUAUGUAGUUUGAUUUGAUUUUUACAAGGCUGGGCAUCAAACCUCCGGCUUCUUCACCCAUGCUAGCAAGUGCUAUGCUCUCCCAGCUGCUUUUAUGGUGGUGGUAGAAACCUCUGGAAGCGUCUCACAUCUGUCCCCACCCCCAUUUUUGUUUCCUACUUUCAGACAAAAAAAAGGAGAAAAAGAAAGAAAAAAAAAAACUCUCUUCAGCUUUUUCUAUUAUUGCCCGGUUUGUCUCCUUCAAAAAUAACUUCAUCAUAAAUCUUACUUUACUUGGAAAAGCUAAUAGCCAGUGUGUAAAAGACUGACUGCACACAAUAAAGUGACAUCAUUGUCCGUGAGAAUGA